AUGGCCGCCGGUGCUGCAUCGCAGCUUUCGCUGUCGUCACGCGUUGUCUUGGAGUUUCCGCCAUGGACGAUGUGUUGCGUCGCAGCGCCCAUCGCUGCCAACGUUGCACCGCAGCAUCCGCCAUGGCCGGCGCUGCAUAUUAGAUUCUCAACUUUCACCGUCUUCACCAUGCGCUGCGUCGCAGCACCCGUCGCUGCCAAUGGAGCUUCACCGGAGGAGGCACCGAGGGUGUUACAAGGGGCCGGCUCUCCGGCCGCCCGCAGCGGUGGUUCUGGUGCCGGCGGUAGCGGCGUUGCUACAAGGCUGAACAUGGCACUGCGAGCCUGGUUGCAGCGCCCCUCGCGUAAAGAAACGUCCACGGCGAUCGAUCUUCUUCUUCUCCGCGGCUCCUCCAUGGAGCGCCUGCUUGGGCUGCUCAAGGUGAAGGUGGUCAGCGGGGUGAACCUGGCCAUCUGCGACCCCCUCGCCCACAGCAGCGACCCCUACGUCGCCAUCCGCCUCGGGCAGCAGAAAGUGAAGUCCGGUAUCAAAUAUAAAUCCACCAAGCCGGAAUGGAACGAGGAGCUCACCCUGUCCAUCACUAACUGGACGCUCCCCGUUAAGAUUGAAGUCUUUGACCAUGAUACUUUCACCAAGGAUGACAGCAUGGGCGAUGCAGAGUUCAGCAUCCUCAACUUUGUCGAGAUCGCCAAGAAGGACCUCAGCCACGUCCCUGACGACACCGUGAUGAAGACGAUCCACCCUGACAAGGGCAACUGCUUCUCCACCGAGAGCCACAUCACAUGGAAAGACGGCAAGGUCUCUCAGAACAUUGUCCUCAAGCUGGGGAACACCGACACCAGCGAGAUCAUCCUGCACCUGGAGUGGGUUAACAUCCCAGGCACGGUGCAGUGAUCCUCAGUGGCCAACCAUGGUGGUCAGGCAGUUCUACUGGCUGCUUUCUGUGACUGGAAUGUUGCUUCCUCUGAGCUAUGAAAAUAGGCAACGUCCUGGUGAGAUCUACAGAUCAUUACAGUGGGUGUUAUGUAAGGCAUGCAAUAGACUUAUGCUACUGGGGGGUCAUGUCUGUUUAUAGUUUUGGUUCUGCAUA